CGGUAUUUAUUGCUACAAACCAGCUUGUUUGGACGGAGUUCCUGCAAACUCGGUAAUUUAAUUUCUCUUAGUAAAACUAGAGGUUGGCCACACCCCCUUCUGUUUCCACAGCAACCCUGUCAGGGUGGAGGAGAGGAGCGAAUCAUGUGAGGCUCGGGCAUCUCUCUCUCUCUCUCUCUCUCUCUCUCUUUCUCACAGCAGAAUGAUCGAGGGUGCGUUCAAGGGAGCUCGUGCAUCACAUCAGAGCCGUCCUUCACUCAUCCGUCCUCCAAAGCAGACACGGAAAGCUGCCAAAAUGGGCUGUGGAAAUUCCUCCGCCACCAGCACGACAGCAGGAGGUCCAGAAUCUGCCAAGGAUGUGACAGAAGAACCUUCACCAGAUGAUGAGAAACGAAGGAACUAUGGAGGAGUGUAUGUGGGCCUUCCUGCGGAUCUGACCACAGUAGCUGCCAGCCAAUCAAAAUCCACACGUAAAGCAGGUGCCGGUCGUGCUGCUUCUCUGAACAGAGCUUGAAAAGAGUCCCGACUGCAAAAAACUGACAGCAGAUCACAUGAAACUACAAAGCCAAGGCCUCUUUAGCUCUGCAGUCACUGAUUUACAAUGGAUAUUAAGAUAAUAUUCGAGAAUCAAGCCGUUUUUGGAACUGAAACCAGAGCCGCUUCGGAAUGACAUCACCGUGACAUCAUACUGGCUGGCGUACAGAAGGGUUCUGUUUGGAACACUGAGCAUUAUUGUGACUCUGAAUGUAGACACUGUUGCCAUGGUAACCGCCGACCCCCUGACCUCACGCUCCUCACAUCCUGGUAUUUUGGAGUCACCAUGGCAGGGCAUUACCAGACCCGAUCUACUGUAUGUCUCUGCAAUAACAGACUUUUCUGAAGCUAUUCCUUCAGCUGUUUCUUAGACACAUUAAUUAGAAAAAAGGAUGCGAAAAAAAGGGUGGUGUAAGUGUAACGGGUCCUACUCGACCUGCUCCGAACGGGACUUGAACCGGCAUCUCAGGCAUGGGAGUCCAGGGGAGUGAGGUUUACAUGCACAGCUCUUACUAGCUUGCCUCUGCUACACUCGCCCCCAUCCGGGUCACGGCACCAAAUGUAACCGGUCCUACUCGACCCGCUCCGAUCGGGAUUCGAACUGGCGUCUCCAGCAUGGGAAGCGGGCACACUAAGAAGGACCCUAAAGACCGCUUUUAGUAGCUUGCUUCCAUUACAAGUAUUUUACACAUGUAAGCACGAAAAAAUAACAACUUAGUCAAAAUGUUUAGCACUAACAUGACUAGAGCUGUUGACUACUAAACAGAAAUAAUGACAUUAAUAUAUAGACUGUAGUUUUCUUAUACACUUUGAUAGUCACAUCACUAUUACAAUUAACACUAUUAAUAGCAUUUACUAAUCAAAGAGUUCUUAUAUUUAUUCUAUUUCAGGUUAUUGACCUGUGAUUGUACCAAUUUUUUUGUGACUGAUGUGAAUUCUGUAUAUGAAAUUAAAAAAUAUGAGAUUUUAAGAAACUGAA